GGUGACAGGUGAGGAAUUAAGGUUUCCAGAACAAUUCCUACGAAAGCAACAAUUCAAACCCAUUUGCUAAUUGAGGGAGUAACAAUUGAGGAGGGCGAUGGCGAAGUAAUAACAACCAAAAGGAGGCGUCAGGGUGCGAGGCCGAGAGGGAAACAUACACAUUCUGCACAAGCGCCGGACCGGACCGGGUCUCCUCACGUUUUCGUACCUACCGUAUGGUCAUCUCGCCCGCGUCAACGGCGGUUUGGAAGCAGCGAUCUGCGUAAGUCGCCAUGCCAGCCUUUUUCAUUACGAUUAAGAGAGUCCUCUUACUGGUGGCAUACAGCUUUUCCUCAGCUGUUGCUUCCUUGCCGUUUCAAGAAAGGGUGUCCCUCUUCCCCUGGUUCUUCCGCCGUUCAGCUUCCUUUGGCUUCACGCCUCGGAGGACGGAGAGCCCCGCCCGCGUCUUGGUUCUUGGAACAGAGCGGCUGAAGAUCUCGGCAUUGUUGUCCUCCUCGCGACCAGUGGUUGAAGAGGUGAGGAAGAAUUUGGGGGGGAGUUCUGAAGAGUUUGGCGUCUAGGUAAGCAGCACGCCGGCCGGCCGGCACCAUCAUCAUGCAGAGCGCGGAGGUGAAGGGGCGGUUCGGGCGGUGCCCCUACUGCCGCGCCAUGAUCUACCAGGACCCCAACGCCGUCAUCUUCUACUGCAGCAAGUGCCGCACGCCCAUCCGAGGGAAGAACCCGCGGCCAACUGACGAGACCGAGUACGCGCUCUCGCAGCUCGAGAUCCUCUCCGCCGACACCGCGUCGGUGUUCUCCGACGACGUUGAACCGUCAAACUCAAAUCCAAGGCCGGCUUGGAUCGUCGAGGACGGAGACGACGAACAGCCGCCAGUGCAGAGCAAGUCAACUCCCUACGGAAACUUCAAAUCGAGCAGCUGCCAGGGCACCGGAGCCUUGUCGUCCUCGCCGUACAAAGGGUUCGGUUCGGUCAGAACCGGUUCAAGAAGCAACCGGGAGGAGGAAAAAACCGGCUCGCCGAUGCACAGUCGCGUGACCGAACUCCGGCCGUCGUCGCGGAGAACCAGGAGAUCGAUGAGCGGUGACGUGGACGUGCCGAACAGUGGAGGAUCAGGAACCGAUUCAGAGUCCGACGUGCCGGCGUCGGCUGCGUCUUACCGUCGCCGGGCGUCGCCGCUGAGCUCACAAGAACUCGAAGCGGAGACGGUCUUGUCAGGAUUCGAGCCGGCCAACGUUGCGAGAUCGCCACUGACUGACCCGGCCUUCACACAGGGCCUCCUGCAGGCGCUGGACAACCUCCGGAGGGUUAUUGCCGUCGUCGAGCAGCCAUACAGUGUCGACGGGCACGAGUACACGCCGCAAACCGGCAUGUCUCGGAUGAGCUCACCUUGCAACGAUGGCAGCGGCGGCACGCGUACAAUAACACGUCGCAGCUCUCGCCUCAUGCGCCGUCUGGAGUCGCAGCUCGCGCAGGCAUUGCCAGCCGACCAACCGCGCCGGGACGAGAGCACCUCCUCGUCGUCGUUGGCAUCGAGCAGCCGACGCGACGGGCUCAGGGCGCGGACGCACCACUGCCGGCCGGUGCUGGGCGGCACGCCGUUCGUGCUCUGCGACAAAUGCUCGGAGAUACUGCAGCUGCCGGCCGCCCUGCCCGUGGGCAAAGUUACCAGGCUGCAGUGCGGCGGCUGCGGCGAAGCGCUCGCGCUGAUGCUGCCGGCGAGCGGCUCGAUGAAUCGGCCGAAGAAAAUCUUUUCCGCGCCGCAGCCGGCCGUAUGCGGCGCGGAGGACACCGAGGAGUACGCGCUUGCGAGGAGGAGCAACCUGAGCAGCGAGCAGCCACGGCCGGCGGGGCCACUCCACCGCGUGCUUGGGUAUAGCUCCGUCAGCUCGGUUUUUCGGAGCCGGCGGUACGGCGAGCACGACUGAGCAUCUCUCUCGUUUGGUCUUUCUUACGGUGCGGAAAUAUUGAAUAGCGUUGUGGUUUGUCAAAAUUCAUGGAGGAUUCUUGAUUCUUUUGCUGUCUAUUUCAGAGAAUUGGGUGUAAAUUGUAAUGUUUCUGAUAAACAAAUUUGGGUUCUCAUGAAAGAUGAACAGUUUUCAUUAAUUAUGCAUUCUUGUUAGAACACAUUCGUAACGAAAUUGUACCACUUCAGAAUGUAAAGAGAGAUUUUGUUGUUA